AUGGGCAACCAGGUGGAGAAACUGACCCACCUAAGUUACAAGGAAGUUCCCACAGCCGAUCCCACGGGCUUGGACCGGGACGAUGGUCCCCGAAUUGGAGUUUCUUAUAUAUUUUCCAAUGACGACGAAGAAAUGGAGCAGCAGCAGGGGCCCGGGCAAGACGCGGGGGAUUUACAGGAUCUUCCCGAGGACCAGCUGCAGUCACCCCUGCCAGCUCCGCAACAGCCUUACGAUCCCCGUCUCUACGAGGUGGAGUGCUCCGUGUACUAUCGGGACGAAUGCAUCUAUCAGAAGAGCUUCUCUUCGGGGCCGGCCGCGCUGAGCACUUACACCCCGGAGAAUCUGCUGAACAAGUGCAAGCCAGGGGACCUGGUGGAGUUUGUUUCCCAGGCGCAGUACCCACAUUGGGCAGUGUACGUGGGUGACUUCCAGGUGGUGCAUUUGCAUCGGUUGGAGGUGACCAACAGCUUCCUGACCGACGCCAGCCAGGGCCGUCGGGGCAGAGUCGUGAACGAGCUGUACCGCUAUAAGCCCCUCAGCCCCAGCACUGUGGUGCGAAACGCGCUGGCGCAGGUGGGCGCCAAGGAGCGGGAGCUGAGCUGGCGCAACUCGGAGAGCUUUGCCGCCUGGUGCCGCUAUGGCAAACGAGAGUUUAAGAUUGGCGGGGAGCUGCGGAUCGGCAAGCAGCCCUACCGGCUGCAGAUCCAGCUCUCUGCCCAGCGCAGCCACACACUGGAGUUUCAGAGCCUGGAGGACCUCAUUAUGGAGAAGCGUCGAAAUGAUCAGAUUGGGCGCGCCGCUGUGCUGCAGGAACUAGCCACCCACCUGCACCCCGUGGACCCCGAGGAAGGGAAUGGGGAGCCUGCCCGGACUACCAGCGAGUUUGCCGAGCUCCCCACUUUGCCACCGACUCCUCCCCCCUCACAGCUCCAGUCGCAGGCGGCACACUGA